UGUUCAGUGAAGCGCGGGUGAACCCCUACCUGCUGUGUGCCCCCACACCCACCCAUGCCUUAAGCCCUGACCAGGCCCUGCUUCCCCACGUCUUAGGUCACUUGGAGCCAAGCGGGGGUACCUGGGCCCUGGCGACGCCAGGGGUGGGGUGAGGGUGGCGCAUUUUUCCCGAAGUGUUUUUCCCACAGACGACAAGGUUUCAUUCUAAGGGUUUGUGACAUAGUCAGUCAGCUCUGAGUGGUCCUUGAAGAUGUUCACUAGGCUAGGAUAAAAAUGACCGCAGCGACAUCAACACUCAUCAGCCGGGGAAAAUGGAAAUAUUUUGUGCCAUCAUCUCAAGGCUUCAAACACUUGUUUGUGGUAUAUUUUAUUUACACAUACACACAGAUUAAUUUUUACAGACAUGUGUAAAACCAUUCAGAAAACAAGAAACUAUUUAAUGGGCAAAAUAAGGUGUAAGGGCUCCUGUUGUGCAUCCUGCCCCCUGAGCACGGCUGUGGCGGCCACUCCACAUCGGCCGCCACAGCUCCAGAGACCCAGCGGCUGCGUAAGUGGACGGUGUCUCUGAGUGGUCUUCUCCUGCUGGACGAGCAAGCUUUUUCCCCCUCUCAGUCUUUGAGGCUUAGAAAUAAAGUGUAGCCGCGUGUCCUUAUGGCUGAGCCUCUGUGCGCCCCAUCACUUACUCGUGCUGUGUUCCCGUGCGGCUUUCCUGGGCCGCAGGUUUCACUGAUUUUGAAGACUAAGACCGGCAGCUUUCACUGUAGCCAGACUGUGCCAGGCUGUACUCCGCCGGCACGACACAAGUGCACCUGCUUACCUGCUUCCUCGCCUGCCCUAGGCGCUGUGGUCUUGAAGGGAGCACCGAACAUUGGUUUGGGAAUGUGAGGCCCCUUGUCCCCGCUCAGAAUCAACGAUCCGUGUCGCUGUCUGGAUCCAAAGCAGAACUGGCCUCGUAGUAGAGGAAAAACUACAGUGGAAGAUGAAGACAGUAUGGAUGGGCUGGAGACAGCAGAAACAGAAACUAUUAUGGAAACAGCAGAAGUCAAAGAGCAGUCUGCAGAAGAGGACGCCGGAGCAGAAGUGGACAGCAGCAGGCAACUGGCCCCAGGCCUUCAGCGCUCUGUGUCCGAGGAAUCCGCCAGCUCCCUGGUCUCUGUUGGCGUGGAAGCCAAAAUCAGUGACCAGCUCUGCGCCUUUUGUUAUUGUGGCGAGAAGAGCUCCUUGGGACAAGGGGACCUGAAGCUGUUCCGGGGGACACCUGGGCUCACCUGGCCAGGGAGGAACCCACCUUCCAACAAGAAGGACGCCAGUGACAACAGCCACGGAACCUGCGAGAAGACACAAAACUCAGCACCACGGAAGCAGAGAGGACAGAGAAAAGAGCGAUCUCCUCAGCAGAACGCCGUGUCUUGUGUGAGCGUGAGCACGCAGACUGCUUCCGAGGAGCAGGCUGGUAAAUUAUGGGACGAACUCAGCCUGGUUGGCCUUCCAGAUGCCAUUGCUGUAGAAGCCUUGCUGGAUCCUACAGGCACUUGUUGGGCCCAUCACCGCUGUGUGGAGUGGUCACUGGGAGGGAGCCAGACGGAAGAACCAUUGUCAGUGAGCGUGGACAGAGCUGUUGUCUCAGGGAGCACAGAACGCUGUGCAUUUUGUAAGCACCUUGGAGCCACUAUCCGAUGCUGUGAAGACAAGUGUGCCCGGGCCUACCACUACCCGUGCGCCGCGGGGGCCGGCACUUUCCAGGACGCCAGGCGCUGCUUUCUGCUCUGCCCCGAGCACAUCGACCAGGCCCCCGACAGGUCGAAGGAAGACGCCAACUGCGCUGUGUGCGACAGCCCGGGGGACCUGCUGGACCAGUUCUUCUGCACCACCUGUGGGCAGCACUACCACGGGCUGUGCCUGGACAUAGCGGCCACACCACUGAAACGGGCAGGGUGGCAAUGUCCCGAGUGCAAGGUGUGCCAGAACUGCAAACAAUCGGGAGAAGACAGCAAGAUGCUAGUGUGUGAUACGUGUGACAAAGGGUAUCACACUUUCUGCCUUCAGCCAGUUAUGAAGUCUGUGCCGACCAACGGCUGGAAAUGCAAAAACUGCCGAGUGUGUGUCGAGUGCGGGGUGCGGUCCAGCCCUCAGUGGCACCACAACUGCCUGGUGUGUGACAGCUGCUACCAGCAGCAGGGAGACCUAUGUCCGCUCUGCGGGAAGUGCUUCCGCCCGGACCUGCAGCAGGACAUGCUUCACUGCCACCUGUGCAAGAGAUGGGUUCACUUAGAAUGUGACAGGCCAGCAGACCAUGAUCUGGACACCCAGCCCAGAGAGCUGUACGUCUGCGUGUAUUGUAAACACUUGGCCGCUGACAUGGAGCCAUUACAGCCGGAUGACGAGGUGGAGAUGGCCGAACUCCCUGCAGAUUAUAACAAUGAGAUGGAGAUGGAAGGGACCGAGGACCGUGUGGUGUUUCUGGAGCCAGCGGUGGCUGAAGAUGCCAGCGGCAAGGAGCCCAUACCUGGAAUUGUUCCAGAUGCAGCCGGGGCCCACCCUGGGGAGCAGAGCCACCCACCACAGAGCCUGGAGACUCGGGACCUGCUCCCGCCUGACUCAUCCCAAGACAAAACGAAUCCUGAAUUGGAAAAUCAAAUUACUCAUGAAGUUGAUAGUGAAAAAAUAGAAAUAUCUCCUAAAGCGAUACCUGUCUGUGAAGAUGAUCGAAGUGAGAACAGAUUGGACGUGCAGGCCCUGGCCGCAGCCCUGGCACCCCGGUCCUCCAUGCCAGAGGCUGGCCUGGUGGAGCCGGAGAUGGCGGUGCCUGCGCAGGAGUCGAGGCCCCCUAGGGCACCUGUGGCCUCCGUUGCUGUCCUGUCCGAGGCCUCAGUGUCCCCGUGUGAGGAAAGUACUUCUCUGUGUUCCAAGGACCAGUUGGCUGUGGAAAGGGUGCAGGAGGGCAUGGAGCAGCAGGAUGGUUCCGAGUCUUCCUCUGCGUGCAUGGACUCAGAGGCAGCCUCUGCGGCCGAGCAUAGGGGCAGUGAGGGCCUGUGCCGGGGUGACAGCGCUGACCGGCUGCCGUCAGAGACCGAGGCGGCCUUCCCCUCCUCCGCCGAUGCCAGCAAGGCCGCUGCGCCCUCCUCACCGCCGCCCUGCUCGGACCUGCCGCCGGCGGACGUGCUGCCUGGCCUCCCCUCAGCCCUCGGCGCAUCUGUGGGGGGCAUCAUGUCCACGACCUACAUCUCCGUCACUCCAAAAAUUGGCAUGGGCAAGCCAGCUAUCACCAAACGGAAAUUCUCUCCCGGUCGGCCUCGGUCCAAACAGGGGGCCUGGAGCACCCAUAAUACAGUGAGCCCACCUUCCUGGUCCCCAGACUUUUCAGAAGGCCGGGAAAUUUUUAAACCCAGGCAGCUUCCUGGCAGUGCCAUUUGGAGCGUCAAAGUGGGCCGCGGGUCAGGCUUUCCGGGAAAGCGGAGACCGAGGGGCGCCGGCCUGGCGGGGCGAGGUGGCCGGGGAAGGUCCAAGCUGAAGAGUGGAGCCGGCGCACUGAUGAUGCCGGGGGUGUCUGCUGCCGACAUUUCAUCAAAUAAGGACGAGGAAGAAAACUCCAUGCACAACACAGUGGUGCUGUUCUCGAGCAGUGACAAGUUCACGUUGCAUCAGGACAUGUGCGUGGUAUGUGGCAGCUUUGGCCAGGGUGCAGAGGGGAGGCUGCUGGCCUGUUCUCAGUGCGGCCAGUGCUACCACCCGUACUGCGUCAGCAUCAAGAUCACGAAGGUGGUCCUGAGCAAGGGCUGGCGCUGUCUCGAGUGCACGGUGUGUGAGGCCUGCGGGAAGGCCACCGACCCGGGGCGGCUGCUGCUGUGCGACGACUGCGACAUCAGCUACCACACCUACUGCCUGGACCCCCCGCUGCAGACCGUUCCCAAAGGAGGCUGGAAGUGCAAAUGGUGUGUCUGGUGCCGACACUGCGGGGCCACUUCGGCGGGCCUGAGGUGUGAGUGGCAGAACAACUACACGCAGUGCGGGCCCUGCGCCAGCCUGGCUGUCUGCCCCAUCUGCUGCCGCAGCUACCGGGAGGAGGACCUCAUCCUGCAGUGCAGGCAGUGCGACCGGUGGAUGCAUGCGGUUUGUCAGAACUUCAGCUCUGAAGAGGAGGUGGAGGCCGCGGUAGACGUGGGGUUCGACUGCAGCGUGUGCCGGCCCUUCAUGCCCCCGUCCAGCGUGCCUUCCUCGGACUGCUGUGAAUCUUCACUUGUAGCACAGAUUGUUACGAAAGUCAAAGAGCUAGAUCCACCCAAGACCUACACCCAGGACGGCGUGUGUUUGACUGAAUCGGGGAUGACUCAGUUGCAGAGCCUCACGGUCACAGUUCCAAGAAGAAAACGGUCAAAACCAAAGUUGAAAUUGAAGAUCAUAAAUCAGAACAGCGUGGCUGUCCUUCAGACCCCUCCGGACAUCCAGUCAGAGUACUCCAGGGACGGCGACAUGGACGACAGUCGAGAAGGCGAGCUUAUGGAUUGUGAUGGAAAGUCAGAAUCUAGUCCUGAACGGGAAGCCGUGGAUGAUGAAGCUAAAGGAGUGGAAGCAACAGAGGGUGUCAAGAAGAGAAAGAGGAAACCGUACAGACCAGGUAUCGGUGGAUUUAUGGUUCGGCAAAGAAGUCGAACCGGGCAAGGGAAAACCAAGAGAUCUGUGAUGAGGAAAGAUUCCUCAGGCUCCAUGUCUGAGCAGCUGCCCGGCAGAGACGAUGGCUGGAGUGAGCAGCUACCAGAUGCUCUAGUUGAUGAACCUGUUUCUAUUACUGAUAACACUGAAAAAAUCAAGAAGAGAUACCGUAAGAGGAAAAAUAAGCUUGAGGAAACGUUCCCUGCCUAUUUACAGGAAGCUUUCUUUGGAAAAGACCUUCUUGACACAAGUAGACAGAACAAGCUAAGUUUAGAUAAUCUGUCAGAAGAUGCAUCUCAGCUUUCAUAUAAAACAAACAUGAACGCAAACUUCUUGGGCCCUCCCUUAGACCCACUGCUCAGCUCGUCCUCCACCCCGGCGAAGCCUGGAGCGCAAGGUACUGCUGAUGACCCUUUAGUUGAUAUAUCUGAAGUCUUAAACACAGAUGAUGACAUUCUUGGAAUAAUCUCAGAUGACCUUGCAAAGUCAGUUGAUCAUUCAGCUGGACUAGACAUCGGGCCCGUCGCCGAUGACCCCUCUGCUCUGCCUCAGCCGAGCAUCGGUCCGAGCUCACGACCGCUGAGUGAAGAGCAGCUCGAUGGGAUCCUCAGUCCUGAACUAGACAAAAUGGUCACAGAUGGAGCGAUUCUUGGAAAGUUAUAUAAAAUUCCAGAGCUUGGCGGGAAGGACGUGGAAGACUUGUUUACGGCUGUGCUCAGUCCUGCCGCCGCCCAGCCAAGCCCCUUGCCGCAGCCCCCUCCUCCCCCUGCGCCACAGCUGCUGACCUUGCACAACCCGGAUGUCUUUUCACGGAUGCCACUCAUGAAUGGCCUUAUUGGACCCAGUCCUCACCUCCCACAUAACUCUCUGCCCCCCGGAAAUGGUUUGGGGACUUUCUCAACUGUAGCACAACCCCCUUACACGGACACCAGGGAUAAGAAUCCAGUAUUUACUCCAUUGACAAGCGACCCUACCAGCUCUUGGGCGUCACCCGCUGCCACCCUGGAAGGAGAGAGUGACACCAUGUCCAACGCCCAGAGGAGCACCCUCAAGUGGGAGAAGGAAGAGGCUCUGGGCGAGAUGGCAACUGUAGCUCCAGUUCUCUACACAAAUAUCAACUUCCCCAACCUAAAGGAAGAGUUCCCUGACUGGACGACUAGAGUGAAGCAAAUUGCUAAGUUGUGGAGAAAAGCAAGUUCGCAGGAAAGAGCACCAUAUGUGCAAAAAGCCAGAGAUAACAGAGCUGCUUUGCGUAUUAAUAAAGUGCAGAUGUCAAGUGACCCCAUGAAAAGGCAGCAGCAGCCGGACAGCGUGGACCCAAGUUCUCGUAUCGACUCGGAUCUUUUUAAAGAUCCAUUAAAGCAGCGAGAGUCGGAACAUGAGCAGGAAUGGAAAUUUAGACAGCAAAUGCGUCAGAAAAGUAAGCAGCAGGCGAAGAUCGAAGCCACACAGAAGCUCGAGCAAGUGAAGAACGAGCAGCAGCAGCAGCAGCAGCAGCAGCAGCAGCAGCAGCAGCAGCAGCAACAGCACCAGCAGCAGCAACAGCUCAAUGCUCAACCCCUCGUCGGCCCAUCCGGGUCAGACACGCCGAGCAGCGGGGUGCAGAGCCCACUGACCCCCCAGCCGGGCAACGGCAGCAUGUCUCCCGCACAGUCAUUCCACAAAGACCUGUUCCCAAAGCAGCUGCCCAGCACCCCAGUUUCCACCUCCUCCGACGACGUGUUUGUAAAACCGCAGGCUCCCCCUCCGCCGCCCGCGCCAUCCCGACUGGCCCUCCAGGAGAGCCCGGCACCCACUCAGCCGCCUUCGCCGCAGGUGUUUUCACCUGGGUCUUCCAGCUCCCGCCCGCCAUCCCCCAUGGAUCCCUACGCGAAAAUGGUGGGCACCCCGAGACCACCUCCGACGGGCCACGGUUUUCACAGAAGAACUUCCGUGCUUACGGAAAGCUGUGCCCCUCUUCCAUCCGUCUCCAGGCCCCCGCCCAUGAUCGAGCCCGUGGGAGGUCGGCCCUCCCCAGCCAGGGACCCCUGCCCCACUGGCGCUCACACAGACCCCUAUGCCAAGCCCCCGGACACGCCCCGGCCUGUGAUGACAGAGCAGUUUCCCAAGCCCCUAGGCCUGCCCCGGCCCCCCAUCGUUCCAGAGCAAACUGCGAAGGGGUCUCCAGCAGCUGGAAGCAGCGAUCCCUUCACUAAACCGCCACCCCGGACAGAUGUGUUUCAGCGCCCACGCAUCCCGGACCCGUACGCACGGCCUUUGCUCACACCGGCACCUCUGGACAGUGGCCCUGGGACUUUCAAGACACCCAUGCAGCCCCCUCCACCCUCCCAGGAGCCUUAUGGGUCGGUGUCCACAGCGCCGCGGCGGUUGCCUCUUGACCCUUAUGAAAGGCCUGCUUUGACACCAAGACCUGUCGACACCUUCUCUCACAACCAGUCAGGUGACCCCUACAGCCAGCCCCCAGGCACCCCACAUCCGGCGAUGAGCGAGUCUUUUGCCCAUCCUUCAAGGGCUUUUUCCCAGCCUGGAGCCGUGUCCAGGCCAGCCUCUCAGGACCCGUAUGCCCAGCCCCCAGGGACACCGCGGCCUGUCCUUGAGUCUUACCCCCCGCCCUCAGGAACACCUCGCUCCAACCCUGACCCCUACGCGCAGCCUCCCGGCACCCCUCGGCCCACCCCGGUGGAUCCAUACAGUCAGCAGCCGCCCACCCCCCGCCCACCCCCUGCAGCAGACUUGUUUGUGCCGCCUACAGCUGCUCAGAGGCACUCGGACCCCUAUGCCCACCCGCCUGGGACGCCCCGGCCUGGCGUGUCUGUCCCAUACGUGCAGCCGCCCACUGCUCCCAGGCCACGGAUGUCGGAGGCCUUUGCACGGUCCUCCUUGACGAGGCCAGUGCCAGGGCCGAGUCAGGACCCUUUCCUGCCGGCAGCCUCGAGCCACGGAGCAGCUGUCCCUGGGCCUGCAGGCAGGUCACCUGAUAUGUGUGCCCAGACGCCGCGGCCUCCAGGACCUGGCCUGCCAGACACGUUCAGCCGCGUCUCCCCAUCUGCAGCUCGGGAUCCCUAUGACCAGCCCCCCGUGACUCCCCGGCCCCCAUCCGACACCUUUGGAACAAGCCAGGUUGCUCGUGACAUUGCUGACCAGCCCCGACCUGGGUCGGCGGGGACCUUCGGCACACCCUCCAAGUCCCCAGUGAGCUCUCAGGGCCAGCAGUUUCCUGGUGCGCCACAGCUCCCAGGGCCCGCACCCACCGCAGGCAUCUCUGAAUCACAGAGCACUGUGAAUAUGUCUCAGGCAGACACGGAGAAACUGAGGCAGCGGCAGAAGUUACGUGAAAUCAUUCUCCAGCAGCAGCAGCAGAAGAAGAUGGCAGGCCGGCAGGAGAAAGGGGCACCGGACCCCACUGCGGUGUCCCAUCCAGGGCCCCUGCAGCACUGGCAGCCCGAGGGUGUGGGCCAACCCUUCACUCGGCCCCCGCCCCCCUAUCCCGGGAGCAUCCGCUCACCCCUCAUCCCUCCUCUGGGACCGCGAUACACACUUUUCCCGAAGGACCCACGUGCACCGUACCCUGCCGAUGUUCCUGGGAUGGGGAUGAGACCACAUGGGUGCAGAUUUGGAUUUCCAGGCAGUGGUCACGGUGCUAUGCCCAGUCAGGAACGCUUCCUGGUGCCUCCUCAGCAAAUCCCAGGCUCUGGGGUCCCCCCGCAGCUGAGACGGUCACUCUCUGUGGAUGUGCCCAGGCCCUUAAAUAACGCGCCACUGGGCAACCCGGUCGGGCUGGCCCAGCACUUCCCACCCCAGGGUCUCCCGGUGCCGCAGCAUAACAUCCUGGGUCAGGCGUUCAUCGAAUUGAGGCACCGGGCCCCGGAUGGCAGGCCGCGGCUGCCCUUCAGUACCACUCCUGGCAGCGUGUUGGAGACAUCUUCUCACCCAAGACACGGGAACUUCAUUUCCAGGCCCGACUUUCCAGGCCCUCGACAGACAGACCCCAUGACCCGACCUCCCCCAAGCCUCCCUGGCCAGCUGCCCGUGCACCCAGGCAUGGAGCCGGUACCGCCAUCCUCGCAGCAGCAAGGCCAUCCUGUCCACGUGUCUGCAAUGGUCAUGAGGUCUCUGAGUCAGCCCUUAGGUGGCGAAUUUUCAGAGGCCCAUUUGUCCUCCGCCACUCAGGCUGAAGCAGCGUCUGAUAAUUUACAGAUUGCCACGCAAACGUCCGAUGGUCUCGAAGAAAAACUUGAUCCCGACGAUCCAUCAGUGAAAGAACUGGACGUUAAAGACCUGGAAGUCAAAGACUUGGAUGAUGAAGAUCUUGAAAAUUUAAAUUUAGAUGCAGAGGACGGCAAAGGAGAUGAACUGGACACUCUGGGCAAUUUGGAGACGAACGACCCCAACCUGGAUGACCUCCUGAGGUCAGGAGAGUUUGACAUCAUCGCCUACACAGACCCGGAGCUCGACUUGGAAGACAAGAAGAGCAUGUUCAACGAGGAGCUGGACCUCGGUGUCCCCAUCGACGACAAGCUACAUGGCCAGUGUGCGCCGGCUGACCCGCAGAGAAAGGAGCAGGACGGCAAGACCACGGCUCCCCCUGAGAAACACUCGCCGUGGAGAAAGUCUCCCGUGGGCAGUGACAUAAAAACCGAAGCACCAUCUCCGAAUUCCAAAGGGGACGUCAGAGUUGACAUGGAGAAAGGUGACGAGGCCAAGGACUCUGGGGAGGCUCCCUGCUCGCAGGCUUCUGCCCCUGUGGAGGGGAGUGAGGGUGAGCGGCCGUCCUCCCAGCCAGCUGAUGCAGAUCCCACCGAGAGGAGGACUAACCCCAGCUGCGGUGGGAGCACAGGCCUCGGCCCCACCCAGCAGCCCCCUGAGGAGGCCACCACCUCUUGUGGCCUAACAGCAUCGACUCCUGUUCUCUCCAGUUUACUUGCUCACGAGAAGCCUGACGCCGCCGACGUGGGGCCUUUGGGGUCUCCAGCACCGACACUGCCGGCCUCCCCAUCCAGCCGAGUGCAGGGCGUGCCACCGGCCUUGAUGACACCGCCCGGACAGGUUUUGGAUAACAGCAUGAAUUCUAGCGUGGCAGUGGUCUCCAGGGUAAACCAUGCUUUCCCUCAGGGUCUGCAGGUAAAUCCGGGGUUUGCUCAGGGGCAGUCAGCAGUCAGCCACAGUUUUGGGACUGGAAAACCUGCCGGUCAAACAGUGCCGCUGACAAGUCAGCCUGGGACCAGUGGCCUACCGGGGAACCAGCAACUGAUGAUCCCUCAGAUGACCCAGCAGGGCAGGGAGAGGCCCCUCCUCCUCGAGGAGCAGCCCCUACUUCUGCAGGAUCUUCUGGACCAAGAGCGGCAAGAGCAGCAGCAGCAGAGACAGAUGCAGGCUAUGAUCCGGCAGCGCUCUGAGCCCUUUUUCCCCAACAUCGAUUUUGAUGCAAUUACAGAUCCUAUAAUGAAGGCCAAAAUGGUGGCCCUUAAAGGCAUAAAUAAAGUAAUGGCACAAAGCAAUAUGGGCAUGCCGCCGAUGGUGAUGAGCAGGUUCCCCUUUGCCGGCCCCGCAGCGCCCGGGGCACAGAACAGCGAAGGCCACAACCUCCUGCCGCAGGCGCUCGCUCAGGAUGGCAGUAUAACACAUCAGAUUUCUAGGCCUAAUCCUCCAAAUUUUGGUCCAGGCUUUGUCAAUGAUUCACAGCGUAAGCAGUAUGAGGAGUGGCUUCAGGACACCCAGCAGCUUCUCCAGAUGCAGCAGAAAUACCUUGAAGAACAAAUUGGUGCGCACAGAAAAUCUAAGAAGGCCCUUUCAGCUAAACAGCGUACAGCCAAGAAAGCCGGGCGUGAGUUUCCAGAAGAAGACGCUGAGCAGCUGAAGCAUGUCACCGAACAGCAGAGCAUGGUCCAGAAGCAGCUGGAGCAGAUCCGCAAGCAGCAGAAGGAGCACGCCGAGCUCAUCGAGGAUUACCGGAUCAAGCAGCAGCAGCAGCAGCAGCAGCAGCAGCAGCAGCAGCAGCAAUGCGCGCUGGCCCCUGCCGGGGUCCUGCCGGGGGUCCAGCCACAGCCGCCCCUGGGGCCCGGGGCUGCCCCUCCCACCCUGAGCCAGCCCGGCUUCCCCCUGGUGCCCCAGCAGCUGCAGCACCCGGCCAUCCUGUCCGGCCACACCAGCCCUGCCAGGAUGCCCAGUUUGCCUGGGUGGCAGCCAGCCACCACCCCUGCUCAUCUCCCCCUCGGCACCCCCAGGAUUCAGCCCCCUUUGACCCAGUUACCUAUAAAAGCUUGCACGCCCACCCCAGGGCCAGUGCCAAAUGCAAGCCCCCAGAGUGGACCGCCCCCACGGGUGGAAUUCGAUGACAACAACCCCUUCAGCGAAGGCUUUCAGGAGCGGGAACGCAAGGAGCGCUUGCGGGAGCAGCAGGAACGGCAGCGCAUCCAGCUCAUGCAGGAGGUGGACAGACAGCGGGCCCUGCAGCAGCGGUUGGAGCUGGAGCCGCGCGGUGCCCCCGUGCCCCAAAUGCCCUUCUACGGCUCCGAGCUGCCCUGCGACUUCAUGCCCCCACCCAGGCCCCCCCAACAGUCCCCCCAGCACCAGCCUCCAGCUGGGCAGGGCUUGCCCCCGCAGAACAUGCCCCAGGGGCCUAUGAACUCACCCCCUACCCAGACUUUCCUGCCCACUGGUGAGCGUAGGCAGAUGGGAGCUCCCUCCUUUGUUUCCGAGUCACCCUCCAUGCCCGGCGGAAGCCCAGACUUCCACCCAGUGAAGCCGGCCCACCCAGGUCUCUCCGGGGCCAGCUUCCAGCAGUCCCCAGCCAGGCCCCCUUUCACAGCUGCCUUACCUGCAGCACCUCCAGUCUCAAGUAGCGCCCUUCCCUGUAGCCAGGACCCCGUGGGGACCCAUGGACAGAGUUUCCCCGGAACAGCCCAGUCUCUCAUCCAGCUGUAUUCUGAUAUCAUCCCAGAAGAAAAGGGGAAAAAGAAACGAACAAGGAAGAAGAAGAAAGAUGAUGAUGCAGAAUCCACCAAGGAGCCGUCAACGCCCCACUCGGAUAUUACUGCCCCCUCGACCCCCAGCGUCUCAGAGGCCACCUCCACCCCCACCGUGAGCACGCCCAGCGAGCUUGCCCCCCAGGGUGAGCCGGAGUUGCCGGGAUCCGCUGGUCCUCCCGCCCCAGCCAUGGUGGCGGGCCAGCCAGGUGCCGAGUCGGAGCGCAACCCGCCCGAUGUAGAUUUCCGGCAAGGGACUCCCGAGCAGCAGCCUGACGCAGACACAGAAGUGGCUGGGCCGGCCGUGGCUACACCUACCGCGGCGGAGGAGGUGAAGCUGGAGACUGCCGAGCCCCAGCAGGGCCCGGGCCAAGAUGGGCCGAAGCCGGAGGAGCAAGCUGGGAGUCAGGCUGAAGAGAAACUGGUGGCUGAGCCCGUCUCUUCGGGGCAGAGCCCUCCCUGCUCUGCAGGGGCCCCCACUGUCAAAGGAGACUCAGGCAAUGAACUUCUAAAGCAUCUGUUGAAAAAUAAAAAGGCAUCUUCCCUUUUAAAUCCAAAACCCGAAGGCGGCGUCUGUCCGGAAGACGACGGUGCGAAGGAUCACAAGCCGGCCGAGAGGCAGAACCCGGCCGAGGCCUCGCCGACUUUGGGGCCUCAAGUACAAAGUGGUUUUGGAUGCGGCAGCAACCAGGUGCCAAAAACAGAUGGAGGCAGUGAAACCAAGAAGCAGCGAAGCAAAAGGACUCAGAGGACUGGAGAGAAGGCGGCACCUCGCUCGAAAAGAAGGAAGAAGGAUGACGAGGAGAAGCAAGCCCUGUACUCGCACUCCGAGCCUUUCACCCACCUGAAGCAGCAGCUCUCUCUGCUCCCUCUAAUGGAACCGGUCAUUGGAGUGAACUUUGCGCACUUUCUUCCUUACGGCAGCGGCCAAUUCAGUAGUGGGACUCGCCUUCUGGGAGCUUUCGGCAGCGCCGCCCUCGAGGGGGUUUCUGACUACUACUCCCAGCUCAUCCACAAGCAGAAUAAUUUAAGUAAUCCUCCAACACCCCCUGCCUCUCUUCCUCCUACACCACCUCCUAUGGUCUGUCCGAAGAUGGCAAACGGCUUUGCAACAACUGAGGAGCUUGCUGGAAAAGCUGGUGUGUUCACAAGCCACGAAGCUCUCCCAGUUACCAAAAAUAUGGGACCUAAGCCAUUUCAGCUGCCAUUCAGACCUCAUGAGGACUUGCUGGCCAGAGCUAUUGCUCAGGGCCCGAAGACCGUGGAUGUCCCAGCUUCCCUUCCAACGCCGCCUCACAACAACCAGGAGGAGCUGAGGGCACAGGACCACACGGGCGAUCGGGAUACUCCCGACAGUUUCGUUCCCUCGUCCUCUCCCGAGAGCGUGGUUGGCAUGGAAGUGAGCAGGUACCCAGAUUUGUCCUUGGUCAAAGAGGAGCCCCCGGAGCCUGUGCCGUCCCCCAUCAUCCCCAUCCUGCCCAGCAGCACUGGCAAAGGUUCAGAAUCUAGAAGAAAUGACAUCAAAACUGAGCCGGGCACUUUAUUUUUUGCACCACCUUUUGGUUCAUCCCCAAAUGGCCCCAGAUCGGGUCUUAUAUCUGUAGCGAUCACUCUGCAUCCUACAGCUGCUGAGAACAUUAGCAGCGUUGUGGCUGCAUUUUCCGAUCUGCUCCACGUCCGCAUCCCUAACAGCUAUGAGGUUAGUAACGCUCCGGAUGCUCCCUCCAUGGGUGUGGCCAGUGGCCACAGAGUAAACCCAGGUGCGGAGUAUCGACAGCAUUUAUUUCUUCGUGGGCCUCCACCAGGAUCUGCGCACCCUCCCAGAUCAGCCAGCUCUUACCGGCUGCAGCAGCCAAAUGUUCCAUUUCCUCCAGCAAGCGACGGCCUGUCGGGGUUCAGGGGCUCUGGCCGCGGGGCCGCAGAAGGCGCAGCUCUCGGGCCGCAGUGGUGCUCCCACUGCAAGGUGGUCGUGCUGGGGAGUGGCGUGCGGAAAACCUUCCGAGACCUGACCUUUGCCGGCAAGGACCCCCGGGAAAGCUGUGGUGGGGCGAGGGACGCCGUCUUCUGCAGCAAUAACUGCUUCGUCCUCUACGCGUCGACAUUGCAGGCAAAGCAUUCAGAAAGCAAGGACUCUGUUCCUUCACUGCCACCGUCGCCUGUAAAAGAGACGCCUUCCCGAGCCUUUCACCAGUACAGCAACAACAUCUCCACGCUGGACGUGCACUGCCUGCCCCAGCUCCAGGACAAGGCCUCGCCGCCCGCCUCGCCGCCCAUCGCUUUCCCACCUGCGUUCGAAGCGGCCAAGGUCGAGGCCAAGCCUGACGAGCUCAAGGUCACCGUCAAGCUGAAGCCCCGGCUGCGGACCGUGCACGGGGCCUUCGAGGACUGCCGGCCCAUCAGCAAGAAGUGGCGGGGCAUGAAGUGGAAGAAGUGGAGCAUCCACAUCGUGAUCCCCAAGGGCACCUUCAAGCCGCCCUGCGAGGAGGAGAUCGACGACUUCCUGAAGAAGCUGGGCACGUCCCUGAAGCCCGACCCGGUGCCCCGGGACUUCCGCAAGUGCUGCUUCUGCCACGAGGAGGGGGAUGGCGUGACGGAUGGCCCGGCCCGGCUGCUCAACCUGGACCUGGACCUGUGGGUGCACCUCAACUGCGCGCUGUGGUCCACCGAGGUCUACGAGACCCAGGCGGGCGCCCUCAUCAACGUGGAGCUGGCGCUGCGCCGGGGCCUGCAGAUGAAGUGCGUCUUCUGCCACAAGAUGGGGGCCACCAGCGGCUGCCACCGCUUCCGCUGCACCAACAUCUACCACUUCACCUGCGCCAUCAAAGCGCAAUGCAUGUUCUUCAAGGACAAGACGAUGCUCUGCCCGGCACACAGGCCCAAGGGCGUCCACGAGCAGGAGCUGAGCCACUUCGCUGUCUUCCGGCGGGUGUACGUGCAGCGGGACGAGGUCCGCCAGAUUGCCAGCAUCGUGCAGCGCGGCGAACGCGACCACACCUUCCGGGUGGGCAGCCUCAUCUUCCACGCCAUCGGCCAGCUGCUCCCGCAGCAGAUGCAGGCCUUCCACUCCCCGAAGGCGCUCUUCCCCGUGGGCUACGAGGCCAGCCGCCUGUACUGGAGCUCGCGCUACCCCAACCGGCGCUGCCGCUACCUGUGCUCCAUCGAGGAGCGGGACGGGCGCCCCGCCUUCGUCAUCAGGGUGGUGGAGCAGGGCCACGAGGACCUCAUCCUGAGCGACACUUCGCCGAAAGGUGUGUGGGAUAAAAUCCUGGAGCCCGUGGCCUGUGUGAGGAAGAAGUCGGAGAUGCUCCAGCUCUUCCCGGCGUACCUGCGAGGCGAAGACCUGUUUGGCCUGACGGUCUCCGCGGUGGCUCGGAUCGCCGAGUCGCUGCCCGGGGUGGAGGCGUGUGAGCACUACACCUUCCGCUACGGCCGGAACCCCCUCAUGGAGCUGCCUCUCGCUGUCAACCCCACUGGCUGUGCCCGCGCCGAGCCCAAGAUGAGCGCGCACGUCAAGAGGUUUGUGUUAAGGCCCCACACCCUGAACAGCACCAGCACCUCCAAGUCCUUCCAGAGCACAGUCACCGGGGAGCUGAACGCGCCCUACAGCAAGCAGUUCGUGCACUCCAAGUCCUCGCAGUACCGCAAGAUGAAGACCGAGUGGAAGUCCAACGUGUACCUGGCCCGGUCCCGCAUCCAGGGCCUGGGCCUGUACGCGGCCAGAGACAUCGAGAAGCACACCAUGGUCAUCGAGUACAUUGGGACCAUCAUCCGCAACGAGGUCGCUAACCGGAAGGAGAAGCUCUACGAGUCCCAGAACCGGGGCGUGUACAUGUUCCGGAUGGACAACGACCACGUGAUUGACGCCACCCUCACUGGGGGGCCUGCCAGGUACAUCAACCACUCGUGUGCGCCCAACUGCGUGGCCGAAGUGGUGACCUUCGAGCGAGGUCACAAAAUCAUCAUCAGCUCCAACCGCAGGAUCCAGAAAGGAGAAGAGCUCUGCUACGACUACAAGUUCGACUUCGAGGACGACCAGCACAAGAUCCCCUGCCACUGCGGCGCCGUCAACUGCCGCAAGUGGAUGAACUGAGCGGCCCGGCGGACAGACUUGUCCUUCCCCCUCGAUGACUUUGCAAACGCGCUUCUGGGCGCCGGCCCCGCGGCCUCGGGAGACACGGCCCGGCGGCGGGCCGGGCGCCGCAGACGGCCCAGCACUUUCGUUCUUCUUUCCUUUUCCCUUUCUUCCGUGGGUGGGUUUGUUUCGUUUCGUCUUUUCGUCUCACUAAGGAGCAACUUACUGGGGCAAAGAGCCGAAGGCCGCCCUGCCGCCGCGCGGGGCGCCUCUAUGAAUGUAAGACUGAGAUCACCAGCGAGCGAGAGCCCGGGUGCUGGCCGCGGCCUUACGGAGGGGCCGGGCCCUCCGACCCCGUCGCAGACGCGUCGACGCCACUGAACAAGGAAUGUACCGGGGAGACUUCCUUAGGGCUAGAGCUAAGGGAUAAUAACUUGCACUAAAUACAUUUAAAUACUUGAUUCCAUGAGUCAGUUUAUUGUAGUUUUUGAUUUCUGUAAAAUAAGAGAAACUUUUUGUAUUUAUUAUUGAGUAAGUGAAUGAAGCUAUUUUUAAAUAAAAGUUAGAGGAAAGCCAAGCUGCUGCUGUUACCUGCAGAACUAACCAACCCUGUUACUUUGUACAAACGUGUAAAUAUUUUGAGAAAAAUGACAGUAUAAAAAUAGUUAUUGACCAAAUGCUACCAGGCUCUGCAGCAGCGCGGGUGCUUACACGAUGUUCCUGGGGAUGUCACAAUAUAAUUUUGUUAUUAAACACGCCCUUCUGGUUCUGUAAUAACCAAAACGUCAACCUGGAGUGUUUGGGGGCUUUUUGGAAACCGGGGUCUACUAGGACUGACUUGUUUUAUACACACCUCCCUUCUGUCGGGGCAGAGCGUCCGCUCCGACGACGACUUUUCUAGCUGUUUUGGUAACGGAAACUAAUUUUUUCAUAUUAUAUUGUCGCAUCCCUACUUCUUGAGUCAGGUUUUUUUGUGCUUACAAUUUGUGAUAACUGUGAAUAACUGCUUCAAAGACACCCAAAUGGAGCUGAAAUUUUCUUCAGCAAAGUAGUUUUGAGUAGAACUCCGUUGCAAGCCGCCGAGAAUCAUGUAAACACGACAGGAUCAUGUAGCAGGAGCGCAAGCGGAAUCUCUAGCCUUCUAGCUCCACAGAAAUUGAAAACGAAAAAAAAAAAACCACAGGUGAUUCGCUCGCAGCUGCAGGGUCCGCGACGGGCUUUUGAAAGAUGUAAUUUUAAAAUGUGUUUGUAUGGACGUUUGUUUACAUUUCUUUAAUAAAAAAGGACACACUGUUUUGUGUUUGCUUGUAGAGACUUAAUCAGCAUCUUGAACCAGGUUAGCUUUUUAUUUUGUACUUAAAGUUCUGGUACUGGCGCUCCGGGGGGGGGGGGGCGUCCCUACCUGGCAGAGCGCCCGACUGUACAUACUCCCCCCAGGCGGCCGUCCGGACCGCGUCCCGUGUACCGCGCCCGCCACCCCGCCAGUAUUUGUUGCGUUCUGUAUAAUAGUGCGUCGUGUGGGCGAAGUGGGCCUUUUGAAGUAUACAGAGUGUUAUGGGUUUUGGAACUUGUGGACAGAUUUAGAAGAUCAUUUACAAAUAAAAUAUUUUACAUCUACGGAGAGCCGCCUGCGUCUCUUACUGUCCGG